GACGAAGAUGCUGCACAGGAAAUAAGAGGUAACGCCGUAAACAUCGCUCGCCAAUUGCAACGGCCAAAGCGCUUCGACGACGUUGACGAUGAUUCAGCAAUGGAGGACAUGAAUGAUUGCAAUCGAGCCAAUAACAGUGAUGGGCGAAACAGCAUUUACCGCCGCCAAACAAUUUUCAAGUUGCAUGAGAGUCGAAAUAAAACAUCUCGCGAUUAUAGUGAUUUGCCAAGAAACUUCGAAAGGCGGUUCCUUGGCGAAGACGAGAUAAAUGUGAAACACAUCUCAAUGAGUAGAAAAUCAUUGGUGAUGUUGAAUGAAAAGCGUAGUAUUGCGAAAAGACGACCCACAGAUCAAGUACAGCGUAACACGGACUUUAACAAAUAUCCUGUAACUUUUUCUCCAACUGGAUACACAAAUGUAGCUUUUGAGCCCACAAUUAGUAUUAUUUCUAAUUACCUUCCAAAUGAUUCUGGGGAAUGGUAAUUUUAAAAAUGGUGGUGAUUAAAAUGGUGGCUUCAGAUAAGCUGGAUUCAUUUGUAUACAUACAUAUAUGUGUAUGCAUGUGAGCAAAGUAAAAAAUCUAAACUGAAAAAUUUUAUGAAGGGCAAAUGUUUAUAGCUCCUAAAUCAAUCAAAUCCUCAAACAUAUGCAUCAGACACUCAAAAUUAAAAAACAAUAUAUGUAUUGGACGCCCUA